AUACCAAAUGAAGGAAAAAGGAUGAGAACAACUGCCAAGAAAUAUAUUGCCGAACUUAACCUUUGCACCUCCAUAGUAAUCUCCAAACCCUUUCACAAGGCGCAGAACUUUUUUUAUAGAUUCGCGUUUUCGAGGAAUUAUUCAUAUUUGGGGUCUUUUCUUUUUUUUUUGUAAAAACACGUUUCUUAGUGCCGAAUUUUUGACAUUUGUUUUACGCGUUUCUCGAAACUAAGGUAUUCUAAUAACCCUUUUUGUUUCUUUUUGUACACGCGAACCAAAUUUGCAUUCGUUUUCUUUCAUUUAUGGUACUUCAAAUUCCAGCAUGCUCUCAAUCAACAAGUUUUCACGUGCCUCUAGGACUUCCACCGUCUUGUCCUUAUGUAAAAGACUUCAAAGCACAGCACCUGACCGAAAAGACGCCAGUCUUUUGCGACACGAUUACAAGGAAGCAGUUAAAGCUGUCCGAAAAGAGUAUGCCACGGAAACCGAAUUGGCUAUAAAGCGUAGUGAAGAAGCAUCCGCAAAACUCAAGGACACUGUGCAGAGACAUCGUGCAGCAGUGAAACAGAAAAGCGAAAGGGUCGAUAUCCGAGUCCCGGGAAUUGAGCCUGAUACUUAUCCCUUACCUGAUCCUGAUGCAGAGUUGCGCCACCAAACAAAGCAAGAAAAUGUUUAUAAAAAGGAUUAUUCUUCAAAAAAGGCAUUAGUCAAACAGUUGGCUAAGAUUUACUUCGCGGAUAGCAAAAAAUACGUUGUUGACAUGAACGGGUUAGACAACUUAAUCAAUCAUGCUUUUAAUAAUCCAAAUGAUGUUUUUGCUUCUCUUCCCACCAAAGAAGAAUCUGAUUCUUCUAGCAUCUUUUUGAAUGGUUCUGAUUCCAACACGAAUGAGGACAUAAUGAACCAUGCUGCUGAAACAGUGAUGGAUCAAUUAUACUCGCGUGAACUAUCUUCGACUAAAGCUAAUGAAGAUUCUUAAAGCUUAAAUUUUUCCUAAAACGCUUCUUUAUAUAUGCGAAUGUGCGUAUUGAUGUAUCAAAUUUAAUACUAAUGCUAUAUCUAUUCCUAAGAGAAUGACAUUAUAAUCAUGCAGAACGAAUCCGUGGGUUUCCAAAAAACAUCAAAAAUUUAACUAACUAUUUUUUGUUCAAAGAUUUGUUAGGCCAUAUGGGUUCCGGUGUAACGAUUGUCGUCGCGUCCUUAUCUUGCCAGAUACCACUAGAUUGGCUGCUCUCGUCACUUGCCAGUUUGCUCGGGGCCAUGGGAAGAAGAUCUUCAUCAGAAGGCUUUUCUUCUAUUUGUUGCUCAAUAUCUGGUUCUAUUUGCAUACCAUCCUCAAGAUUAAUUUCUUUUAUGUUAACAAUUCUCGUUUUUUUCAAAAGUUUCCAUGAAACGUAACUUAUAACUAAUAGGGGAGCUGCUAGGUAUGCUUGAAAGAAGCUUAUAGGGUUUGGCGCCCUAUCAAUUGGAAAUAUAGCCACGUAAAGUUGUGCUGCUAGUGCUAGAAAAGUCAUGACAACUCCGUAAACAGAUCCAUAAACUCCAAACAUGCUGAGAUAUGGAAGUUCUUCUAAAGAAUGAUUCUGUGCUUUCCAUGCUCUUCUAAACUGAAGGUGACUCAGACAUAUGCUUCCCCAGAUAAACGUAGUGGACAGUCCGCAGAUGGACAAAAGCCAUCCAAAAAGGGCGCCUCCUACUCCUGCUUCUGUGAAGUAUGCGAUGCUUCCAAGUGAUAGAGUUAUGAUUAUUGCGUAGAUUGGAUGUCCCCUUUUAUUCGUCUUCAACAAAAACUUCGGAGCAAAUCCAUUCUUGGCUAAAGCGAAAAGCGCCCUUGAUGCUGCAUAUGAUGCUGAAUUACCAACCGAAAGUGUUGAGCUGAGAAUUACUGCAUUCAUAACACUUGGAAGUGCUUUGAUAUUUGCUAACUUAAUGGCGAUUACGAACGGCGACAGAAGAGCUUCAGAAUCACCAGAAGUGCGUAGAUGCGGGUUAUUGGAAGGUAUAACCAAUGUUAACAUGAAUAAUGCUAGCACGUAAAAUAGGAUGAUUCUCCAAAAUAUUUGACGUACUGCUUUUGGAAUUGUCUUAUGAGGGUCUUUUGCUUCAGCAGCUGCUAGUCCUACCAAUUCUGUACCGGAAAGUGAGAAGAUAGCUAUGACAAGGACUGCGCAAAAGCCUUUAAUCCCGUUAUUGAACGUUAAAGGUGGUUUCCAAUAGGAGACGCCAAUGACACCUCUGGUAUCCGUCGGUACACCUCCAGCGGUGAUAAUGAUACUAAGGAGUAAGAAACCGAAAACGGCGACUAGUUUGACGAUGCUCAAAACAAAUUCGACCUCACCGUAUCCUUUUGUCCCCCAUAUAUUGAUCCCAAUAAUCAACACGUAAAAGACUGAAAUCCAGACUGACGCACGUCCAGGGGCAUGCCAGACGUUAAUAAUGAGGGGAGCCACUGUGAGUUCUAGUGGGACGGUGACCGCGAAGGAUAACCAGUACUGAAUUCCUACUGCAAAGCCCCAGGCGGGAUCAAUGAAGCGAGAAAAAUAUGUGUAAAAAGAACCAGAGACGGGAUAGAGAACUGAAAGCUCAGCUAGAGCACUUGUGGUGAAUAUAACAUAGAGUCCAAUGACUGUGAAUGCUAUAAUAAUGCUUGCUGGACCGCCAUCUGCUAAUGCGUUUCCGGAACCAACAAAAAGUCCUGUUCCAACGCAACCACCAAUUGCGAUCAUUUGCAUAUGGCGGGGCUUUAGUUGUCUUUUGAGACCUUUUUCAUCCUCACUUGUCACAAUCUCUACGUUAUUUUCCAGGUCAUGAUCGAUAUGUUCAAAACUUCGAGAUUUUUUGUCGGCGGGUGAACUUAUCUUUCCUGUAUCUUUAGACAUCUCCUUUUCAAGGUUUGUAUUGAUGUCCUCGUAGAAAUUGGAGGUCAUGAACGACUUGAUCUAUGCAAUUUAUCAAGAGGAUAGAUAUUGGAAGUAUCGUGGGGUCUGUGCGAUUAUGGCUCUUCAAAUGGAAGAGUUAUAAAGGAAUGAAUGGGUAAUCGCUUAGAUUGAGGAGUGAAUCAGAGAUUUAUGUCUUUGGAUAUUGACUAAAAAGCUCUGGUCGAAUUUUAUCCAAGAAAAGAUAUGUUGUUGUUUGCAGUUCUAGGAAGGAAGAAGGAGGGGCAUGCGGUGUUUUUGAACUGUUUUAGAAGACGAUGUUCUUAUGAUGAUGGAAUCGGCUGUCUCAUAAGUUACUCAGUUUUGACAUCAAUUGGGACUGUUUUCAAGUAAUAUUACUUGAUACAUAGGCAUUUAAUAAUUCAAAAUAGGAGGAGGAAUAGUGCUUAGCUUUUAAGUUUCGACGAUAUAUCUGCUGCUUCAAUUGAGGCUGAUUGUCUUUGGCUUCAUCGCUUCUACGCUGUAACUUAGCAUAGAUUAAAUAUGUCAUCAUUAGAUGAAAUAUAACUAAAAGAAUGCAAUACCUUUUUUACUUUUAGUUUCACAUAACAUGAUUUGAAUCCUGCGUUUGGGUGUAAACAAACAAAGACUCAAGUACU